CGCUGAGAUAGAUAGCCCGGCAUUCACUUUCUAGAGCCACACUACAGCUGGGGGAGCGGAGAAGAUGACUUGGAACAGAAGGCUAAUUACCCUCACUUUGCUGCACCUUAUUGCCGUAGCAGCAGCUUUACCGCCCCUAGCCCGGGUGGCCCAGCAAGAUGUUAGAUUCGGGGUGCGCCUGUUUCGGGAGAUUCAGCAGGAUUUUAAGGAGAGCAACCUGGGGUUUUCACCGUACGGCGCUUCUUCUGCGCUGAACAUACUUCAGUCUGGAGCAACGGGGCGCACGCUUGCGCAGAUAACCAGGGCUCUGGAUUACGGACACCAUGAGCGGGCUGUGUUCGCUUCCCUGCGCAGGUUGAGGGAAAUCAUCUGCUCUCCUUCGACAUCUGGUGAAGACCCCAGGUCCGUGCACGUGGCCGACGGCCUCUUCGUGCAGCGGGACCUUGCGCUCACCCCAGGGUUCCUGAAAAGAUUUCAGAGCGCCUUCCAGCGUCAUGUGAUCCAAGUCAACUUCACCGACCAAGAACAAGCCAGGGACAUUCUGAAUCAAUGGGUGGAGAACCAGACAGAUGGAAUGAUUCAAGAUUUAUUGGGGAGCAACUCUAUUCCUGCGCUGACCCGCCUGGUUUUACUAAGCGCUGUACAUUUUGACGGGAAGUGGGUCCUCCCGUUUCCAGAGGAGGCAACUCACCAGAGGCCGUUCUACCGGGCAGAUGGGUCUCAGGUGCAAGUCUCCAUGAUGGCAAAGAGUGGCAAAUAUAACUACAGUGAGUUCCUGACCCCAAAAGGAGAGGAUUAUGAUGUCAUUGAGCUGCCUUAUGAGGGAGGAGAGCUCAGCAUGCUGAUUGCAGCUCCGUAUGAGAAAGGGGUUCCUCUGUCUGCUAUCACCGAUAUCCUGACUCCAGAACUCAUUGAAGAAUGGAAAGCAAGAAUGAAGAUGUCCACGCGGCUUCUCAUGCUGCCCAAGUUCUCUCUGCUAAGCGAGGUGGACCUGAAGGCUCCUUUAGAACGUCUUGGAAUCACAGACAUGUUCUCCGCAGAGAAGGCAGACUUCAGUCGCCUAUCCACUGAGAGGCCGCUCUACGUUUCCCAAGCCUUUCAGAAAAUAAAAGUGGAGGUGACAGAAAGUGGGACAAAAGCGGCGGCAGCAACAGCUGCCAUACUCCUUGCCCGGAUGUCCCCCCUGGAAGUUAUCAUGGAUCGGUCAUUCUUAUUCAUCAUCCGACACAAUCAAACAGGGUCGCUGCUGUUCCUAGGACAGGUCAUGGAGCCUUGAGUUCGCUUCUUUCAUCCUGAAGAACACAAGUCCACCCUACCACCACCCUGGGCAUUUCCACGGGUCAUCGAGAGAAGAUACCAGAGCACAAGACAUCUGCGAGAUGACCAAGGGUCGGGGGGGGGAUGGGAAAUAAAACGGGUAGUGUGAGAGAUCAACAAGGUGUGGGAGGGAAUGAUGUGAAGUAAUGAGAGUGCGAGUGAAUGUCAGAGUAUCACUGGGUAUUAGAGCUGUAUAGAUCUGAAUUUUACUAUUGUAUAUUUAA